GAUUUGAGUAAUUUCAUAAGCGGUGGGCUUUGUUGUUAAAUGGUUGGUUAGCUGGACAACUUAGAGGACAUACUGUGUUCCUGUAAGAUGGGCAGAAAUAUGCACUAGUAAAAAAGUGUAGCGGUGUUUCGGAUACUUCCCUGCAGUGUGAGCAUCUAUUCGCUCAAAAAAUUAAUUGAAAACGGAUAGAUCACUUCCUAAAACAGUUGGGUACUACUAACAUGGAAUUGAAGUCUUCGAGCCAAAAAUCAGCUCAAAGAAACAAACGUCAAGCAAAAGUGUUGGAGGAGAACUUCUGGGAUUGUUCCGUGUGCACUUACAGAAAUACCGCGGAGGCAUUUAAGUGUCUAAUGUGCGACGUUCGUAAGGGCACCACUACCAGAAAACCGAGGAUAAACCCGCAGCUUGUAGCCCAGCAAGUUGCACAACAAUACACGUCGACGGCGCCAAAAGUCGCGAAAAAGGAGGGAGGGACAAAAGAAGGAGGCACGAAGGAUCCACCUCCCAAAGAAAAAACGGAGAAGAAAUCCGGGACCCCAGAGAAAGCCUCCAGAAAAAGCGUGCCACGGAUCAAAAAUAUUGACAGGACUACUGGCGUGACAAGUGAGGUCACUGUGAACGAUGUUACAGUAUUUAUAACAGAGUACAAAGCAAAAAAGCCCCCAGAACACUGUAGUCAGUCAAGUACCGCAUCCUCGGAACUUGGAAGCCACUCAGAAUCCAGCAAUGACGCUCGGAGUAGUGAUGCAGCCUAAUGGAUUCUGAAGGUCGGGAGAGAAUCUCUUCAAAGAAACUGCCAAAUGGUGCUAAGGACAGCAGCAUCUAUUUAAAAAUCCUGGCAGCUGCAGGACAGUAAACUCAAGAUUUUAAUGUAAAUUUGUGAAGUACACAUAUGAAAAGUCAUACUGUAUUUAGAACAAAGGUAGCAGACAUAAUGAUGUAGUAAAACAUAUUUAAACAUAUGAAUGUCUAUAUAAAAUAAUAUUUUUGUCAUCUAUUAUUCUUGUUACACUAAUGUGUCAAGUACAAGAAUAUAAAAUUCUUUUGUAAAUUAAGACACCUGCAAGGCGUUCAUAUUUGUUGAUACAUAUGAUGGUUUAAGAUUUUGUUUGGAAGAACAUUGUUUUAUAAUUGGAUAUUGAUUUAUUUGAGCAAAAUCAAGAAGGCUUACUGUCUGCUUGAAUUAUGUUUGUGAUAAAAUAUCUUUUACAUUUGAAAAGUAUAUUUAUUUGAGUCAGUUUGAACAUUGUUUGCAUUCAGUGGCAUAUAUUAAUUAUAAAAGGGCACAUUACUUUGUGCAUCAUUGUUGUGACUUCAUCUGCACCUAUAUUAUGUAAUACAUGUUAGGUACGUGGCAGGCAGCAUAUUGUAACAGCACUGUUGACUGUAUUCAUUCAUAUUUUGUAGUAUAGAUUUUCUGAGCGACACCUGUGAGUUAUGGAUAUAGCAGUAGUACUUUUCUUAAUUUAAUAAUGUACAGUUUGACUCGAGUCAUUUCAGAGUGAAUCUGUGGGGAAUUGUAUUUAACAUUUCAACCACAUAUUGAGCAUUGUUAAACACACUAGUCAUAGAAGCAAAGAUCUUCAUGGAUACCAUGUGCCAUCACCGUUUUGGUUAACGACUAGCUAUCCGUAUCCAGUAUUAGGACAUUUUAUAUUAAAGAAGGAGUUGCUGCUUCCGGUUCUUAGUAACAGCCAUAUUCGCAUUGGCUUCAUAGCAUAUAACAGUUGUUGGGAUCUACACAGUUCUGCUCCUAGGGGGUGCCAAUACAGAAGAGACAAUAACUCAUUGUCACAAAUAUAAAUUACCAUAUGCUGAAAACUCUCACAGGAACUAUUUCUGGUUCAUCUCACCAUGUAAGAUUGUUUGACUUAAUUUGUGCACAACAGUAAGUUUAACAUUCCUAGAGACCUAGUCCUUGAGACCUGUAUCAUGUAAUAAACUUAUAAAUGUGAAGAAAUCUGGCUUGGAAGAAAAAAGAUUCAUGUUGUGCAGCUAUAAUUGGCAAAAAUAGAUUUUUUCCCCACAGACUGUUAUCUGUGACCCCUCCGUCUGCCUAUCUUUGCAUCUGUCAUCCAGCUGUUAUUGUCCCAUACAGCCUUCACAAACUGCCUCUGUCUCCUUCGAUAUAGACCUAUCUUCUCCCAGGGUGUUGAAAUGCUCACCUCAGUUAGGUCAUUUUCCUUCCCCACCUAAUAUACCAGUGACACAAGUUUCCCAUGAUUUUUCUCCUCAUCUCGGUGUGGGAAUUACUCCUUGUCACAUGUACCUGCAACCAGAUCUGCUUGCUUCCUAUGAUGUUUGCAAUAUGUUAUCCCUCCCCUUCACGUGAUAUACAUCUUUGUUCUCCAUCUUUGACAGGUUCAAAGAUUUGCUGCACCACUAUUCAGUCUUCUUAGCUACCCAGGUUUCAGAACAAAUAAGUGAAGGAUUGUAUCAUAGGUUGUACUCUGAGUGGCAGACAUUAUCUCAGCCUAUUUUGGAGCUUGCUGAAACAUAUAUCUCCACAUUAUACCUUAGGUCCAGUUCAUUACAUGUGGUUAGCCAAGCUCAGAGGAACCCUAAAUUUCUGAUUUGUAACUUAAAUCUACUUGUGAAAACUCAUUUUUGGCCUUGAUCCAGAGGACACUAAAAUCUCAGUUUGUCUUUGUUUUGGCUCGGCAGCAUAAUGUCAUUUGUUAAGGCUACUCAUUUGUUUUCAUUUAGUUCACUUUUGCUUGCUUUAUGUUUAAUAUUUGCAUUAUAAUACAACACUGGUAAAGGUGCUUCCACACCACAUUUUACUUUGAACCUACCGAACACUUUUGCAUGAAACACUGAACAAGCUGGUUGGGUGAAGGCAGUAGACUUGCGUUUGGAAGUAGUUCGUUUCAAACUCUGUUAUGGCCAUUCAUAUUUAGGUGUUCUGUUGUUUUCCUAAAUCACUUAUGGCAAAUGCUUGGAUGGUACAUUUGGAAAAGUUUUGGUCAAUAUCAUUCCCCAUAUUUGCCCAGUCAAAGAUCAUGCUUUGCCUCUAUUAAUAUCACAGAUAGCUGGACAUUAAGCCAUGGUCAUCCUUCCUUACACCACAUGGCACUGUAUUAUUAGGUCCUUAAAGAUACAGUUUUUUUGAGUUGAUAAUCUUGUUUGGAUUUGGCUCUCUUGAUAAGACUUUUCCAUAAGAACUAAUGUAACAUGACUAAAAUACUCUUCUCAGUUUCAAAAGUUUUAUAGUGGUAUUUAAUCUUUUAUUUACUUAUUUUAUGCAGUUACUGUUGAAGUGGUAUAAUAUCAACAUUUUCAAAUUGUGCAAGUGUACUUUUAUAUUGUAUCAAUAAUGUAUAUGUUAUACAUCAUAAACUGUAUGAUUUCUGAUAUUUACUUUGUUUGUAAAACCUGGUUUUUGGGACUUUAUUGUUUUUAUGACACACAAAAAGUGACUGUAGCCUAAGUGCUAUGGAGUGCGGAAGGGAUUUGAACCUGGAACCAUUGCGUUCUCUAUGCAGAUUUACUGACUAGACUAUAGAGGCAUGACUCAUUACCCACGUGGAUUGCGUAGCCAGUAGAGCGUUUGUCUUAGAAGACAGUGGUUCUGGGUUUGAUUGCUGUCAUGGUACAUGGUUUGAACGUGUUAGGAAGAUUCAAAACAGCCCACAUUCCGCUUCAGAAUGAAAAUGCAUUGUGGACACAUCACAAUAUUUGUUUCUGAUAGCUCUGUUAAUUUACCUGAAAGCUUUGGAGGGAUCACCAGGGCCAAAUUCCUUCCCUGCAGUAAUAGACCAGUAUUGGCUUGUGAGUCAGACAUAGCUGUUAAGAGUUGGACAGACUAUAGAGGAACAUCGAAUGCAGUUUUCGAUCACGAUAUGCUAAACACUGUAAUCUCUGUUCACUAGAAUGAUUAAUAACAGCACACAUAAGUUGCAAAUACUCUGCACUGAUUGUAUCACUAAGGAUUGCAUAUAUACCGGGUGCGUGAUGAAGUAUUUAGUUUGUUGGACUAAAGUGUAAAAUAUUAGGAAAUCUUCAUGCCGGCUGAAUGCAUCUAUUUGAGCAUAUGUUUAAAGUAAUGCUUUUUGCCUUUGUUUUAUAAUUUGUUAAUUAUUUGGAAGCGUGCUGCAUCACGCAUUGAUGGUGUUCAAAACCAUGUAGUUACAAAUUUCCAGACUACUGGGUGUGCAUUUAUUGAAAUUGUAGAUACAAGUGUGAAACUGAUGUAUCCACUGACCAUCUUUUUUUCUUUUACCUUUUUUUUAAUUUCUGAUGUGUAUGUGUUUCUCUACAUUGACUUUAACAAGUAUAGUAGUGUUGUAUAUAUCUGCUUCAUACAAGAUACUGUACAUUGUCUUGGUAAUCUGCAUAUCUGUAUUUCUCCCUGUGUCAGCAUGAAACAAUGUGCUGUGGAAGAAUAGUCUAUGAUGAGUGUUUGAAUUUAUUCUUUAUUAGUGCUCAAAGUGACUGUGUACCUUUGAUUGCAAGUCAAAAUUAUCCCAGUUUAUUUUGGCAGGAGUAAAAUGACUAAUUAUUUGUAAUUGCGUGUCACAUGACGCGUUUGUGUCCACUGCCAUACCCCAGUUCCUUGUAGAUAAUUGUGGGAGCAUCCAAAUAAUUGUAAUUGUGAAAAGUAUUUACAGUUCAAAAGAUUUAUUAUGUGGGACGAGCAUGUCUACAGUGGAAUUAUAUUGUGUGUGUGUGUGUGUGUGUGUGUGUGUGUGUGUGAGAGAGAGAGAGAGAGAGAGAGAGAGAGAGAGAGAGAGAGAGAGAGAGACAAAGAGAAAUGUUUUAAAUAUAUUUACUGACAUACAUUUGAAUAAAUGUAAUGUUUAACUCUCUGCUAUUUUAUUAUUGUUUAAUGUAAUUUUAAACUGAAUAAAGUGACUAUUAAAUGCAUUUUUUUCCUGUACAAGGAAAAUGAGUCUUUCUAUUUUUGUUAAUCAGGCUGCUGAA